CAGAGUCGGAAUAAUUUUUUUCUGUGUCUCGCUGCAGCUCAAUUCCCAGAGAUUCUCCGUCACCCAUGAGCAGCUGCUGCAUUCUAUCAUCAGCUCUCUUAUGGCGGAGAAAGGCUACCAUUUCCAAGGUGGUGUAAUUCCAUCUAUUCACCACUCCAUUGCAGCCACCUCCAUUUCCAUUCCUUGUGUUCUCUCACGCACAGAAGCCACCAUGCCUCUUUUCUGCGUGUACUUUGUUCUCUUUAAAACCACCAGAUCUUGACCACUCUCUCUCUCUCUCUCUCUCUCUCUCUCUCUCAUUUGUGUUCCUUUUUUUCUCUCCAUGUUUGGCUCUGAGGUUCCUAAAAAAAAAAAAAACAGUGGGUUGGUGGGUUGGUGGUCCUAAAUACACUGAGGGUUGAGCUUUCUGCUGUGGAAACCAUGUGGGGUUUGUGCUGAAGCUGAUCUUAGACUAAGCAUUAUCUGCCUUUUUUUUCCCUACUGAGGACAAAGGGGCGCUCAUGGGGUUUUCUUUUGAGUCAGAAAAAGAUAAAAAACCAGCUGGGUUUUGUGUUACACCUUGGCUUUAGCCUCAAAUGACUUGCUGCUGUCUUUUAGAUAGCAAGGUGAGAUCAUGACUGUGUUUUUGGAGUCUGUGCUCGAGUUGACUUGCACCAUUAGGAAGAUCUGCUUUUCUGUAGGAUUUCACCAGACUGCCUCUUGGUUGAGGGAGAGAAGCUAGGGAACGGUAGGAGAUACAUUUAGCUUUGAAGUUAUUUGGAAGAAACACUUCUCCUUUGAAAUAUUUUUCUCCCGGUUUGAGGCCUUUCGGGGUUUGAAUCUAGCAUGGAAAGACUUCUUUGAUUAUGCCAUUUUCGCUUGGUUUCUUUCCUUUGAGGUCUGGUUUGUGAAACAAGCUUGCCACAGUUUUGUGAUGGUUUAUAGGUCUGGAUUUCACUACGUUUGACAUACUAUAUUACUACCUUUUCCUGCAUUUCAGCCAAUAGAUGGCCAUUUCAUCAAUCUUCUAAAAUAGGUCUAGGAGUUGGCUGCAGUUGUAAGCUUCAGUAACUGCUCACUGGAUCAGUUCAUGGUCAGGAAAAGGGUUUCCAUAGCUCAGAUUUCAGCUUGUUCUGUUCUGUCAUUGGGUUAGGAAGGCCUACUUUUCUCAUACUGAGCGAAUGAGGCCUGUGGAUGAUAAGGGGUGUUACAGCACUGGAUCAACUCAGGACAAUCCCAGCAGCAAUUCAUAUAACUUUGAGUUCCAGAAUGGAAAUGCAACCAACAAGGCUCGUCAGCAUCGCAAGAUCUUAGGUUCUCGAUCCAAGCCAACUCCUUCAAAAUGGGAUGAUGCCCAGAAGUGGCUGGUUGGAUUAUCUGGUGGAGGGGAUCACUGUCACAGCAAGAGCAAGCCCCGGAAUUCGAAUGCCGAUGAUCGAAGGCUUCUCGGUCCGAUGCCUCCGAAGGGAAGGGAUUCUUGCAGCAGUGCAGAUGGAGCAUUGGAAGAUGAUGCAGCACUGGCAGUUACUGCUCAGGAUGAAGGAGAAACAAAGAAAAUUGAUUGCAGCGAGUCAUCCUGGAGGAUCAGGAAGCCGGUCGAGGAGUCAUCCAUGGAAGUAAGAUCAGUUUGUGUGAGGGAUAUGGGCACAGAGAUGACCCCCAUAGCUAGCAAUGAGCCCUCCAGGACUGGUACACCACUCAGAGCCACAACUCCUGUGUUGAGGAGUCCCAUUUCCUCUAGAUCAUCCACCCCAGGGAGGAGCAGGCAAGGCACCCAAGCCCAUGAGAGCUACCAAGCAGGUAUGAGGAAUUUGGAGAGGAACAGUGACUCAGUGCUCUUUGGCAAGGCAAGUGGGAAUGGAUGGCCUACUAGAGGGGAAGGUGAAUUAGAUGCCGGCAAGAUAUCUGAAAAUAAGUGUGCAGAACAAGUAAGGAUCCCUGAUUCUCUGGAGUCUCGAGCGACGGCGUGGGACGAAGCUGAGCGCGCCAAGUAUAUGGCGAGAUACAAGCGUGAAGAAGUGAAGAUACAGGCAUGGGAGAAUCAUGAGAAAAGAAAAGCUGAAAUGGAGAUGAGGAGGAUGGAGCUGAAGGCUGAGAGGACGAAAUCUCGGGCUCAAGAAAAGCUGGCAAACAAGUUGGCCGCGACGCGAAGAAUAGCAGAGGAGAAGCGUGCUAAUGCGGAGGCUAAACUGAACGAAAGGGCUGCUAAAACGUCAGAGAGAGCAGAUUACAUUAGAAGGACAGGGCGCUUGCCAUCUUCCUUUUUCUCCUUCAAGCUGCCAUCACUCUGUGGUUAAAACAAUGUGAUGUAUUUAAUAUUACAUGCCCUCAUCUCUUCCUUAAGAGGUGUUUUCUUUGGUUAUAAUUCUUACAGUUUGUGCCACUGUAAUCAAUUUGAUUAUUCUUGUAAGAUGGAAAUGCAUCGAUAGCAUUGUGUUUCCCCAAAGUAUUGCAUUCCAUUCCCAAA